AUGGGAGCAGAAACGCAAGCAAAGACUAAGAUACCCAUUGUCUUGGGUGCAAUGACUUUCGGGAAACCCGGUGUCAUGCAAGCUCGAGUUCACGACAUUAAAGAUGUCUCUUCAAUGAUCGAACUCUUUCAGUCACAUGGCCACAAUGAAAUAGACACUGCCCGUGUGUACGGAAUGGGUUCAUCGGAAGAAUAUCUGGGGCAACUCCGACCCUCGUACACCGAUCGUGGUAUCGUUAUGGCUACCAAGCUGUAUCCUAACAAUAUGACCGGGCUCAAGAUCACUCAUUCAGCGGAUGAUCUUAGACUUCACUUGGACAGAAGUUUGAAAGCUUUAGGAGUUGAAAAAGUGGAUCUCUUUUAUCUGCAUGGACCAGAUAGAAGUGUUUCUUACGAGGAAACGUUUGGCAUGUGCGAUGUUUUGUACAAGGAAGGAAAGUUCGACAGGUUGGGUGUUAGUAAUUACAUGUCAUGGGAGGUUGCACAAAUCCAAGAAAUCUGCAUCAAAAAUAACUGGAUCCGUCCCUCAGUAUACCAAGGUGUAUACAAUGCCAUUCAGCGCUCCAUCGAACCAGAGCUCCUCCCCUGUCUUCACAAAUACAACAUGUCUUUCUAUGCUUUCAACCCUAUCGCCGGCGGCUACCUCACUUCGCGCUACCAUCGCAACCAGGAAUCCGUCGAAGCAACUUCUCGUUUCGAUGAUUCGCAUCUGCAAGGUCAGAUGUACAGGAAGAGAUACUGGAAUGAUACCAUGUUUGACGCCUUGGACAUCAUCAGAGAAGCAGCGAAGAAAGAGGGGUUAACCGAGAGCGAAUGUGCAUUGAGAUGGUUGGUACAUCAUAGUGGACUUGAAGCGGAGAGAGGGGACAAGAUUAUUAUUGGAGCAAGCAGUGAGAAACAUUUAGUAGAAAAUUUGGUGGAUUUGGAGAAGGGACCAUUAUCGAAGGAGAUUCUUGAAGCGUUGGAUAAGGCGUGGGCUAAAACUAAGGCGGUCGCUGGCGCUUAUUUCCAUUAAGCUUAGGGUAGUUGGAGUGCGGGGCGAUUUCAGUUCUUGGGCUACGAUGCGUGAUUUGAGUCUGAGUUUUCUGCGCAGUCUUUGGUCGACAAUUCAGUGGGCGGCAGCGAACCGCAUAUAGCGAAGAAACUCGAAUGAUCAACUGUAUACCAAAUCCCGAAAAUUAAUCAGAAGAGAUAUCUUCAAAGGACGUCAUUGCAUUUUCAGAGCCACUAGUGGGUGUACGGACUAACAGGACACUACAAAAAAGGACUUAUGGAUAUCUCUUGAUAUAUCAACUCGCACGUAGAUUUUAGGAAUCGUUAUAAUUGUUUAUUUGAGGCGAGACAAUUAAAUCAUAACUUCCAAUAUCAAAAAAUCGAAGAAUGAAUUUGUUUUAGAUUUCGAUAGUUGGGAAGUAUCCCGUCAAUCCAUACACCAGUGGCUUGCGGUGAGACAUAAGCACGUGGGUAGAUUAAAGAGGUAGGAAGGUCACUAUGAUCCAAUAGUCGGC